GAGCGGAAAAGUGAUAACAAAUACGAAAUAAAUUAAAUAAAAAAAUUAAUGGAUAUUUAAUUGUGAGAUUUUCCACGAAAAUGCAACAAAACGCAAGUUCUUCCUCCGCUUCUAAUACAAAUCGACUGAUGGAUCAACCGCCAAAUUACUCGAGUUACUGCACCGGCCCGGACCAGGAAAGGAUAAAAGCAGCAAGAUUCGCUCAAGUUAAUGCCAGAUUAAAAGCUGCCAAGUGCUUGUCUUAUGAGAAGAAAAUUUAUUAUUUGACCGAAUAUGAUGAAAUCGAGCAAGCAUCACGAGAACUUUUAAAUUGGGUAAACAAAAACAUUCCCGAUGGCGUCGGUCUACUUCCAGUGGGUUUUGACAUGGAAUGGCCUUUCACGUACAGAACGGGACCUCUCAAGACUGCUUUGAUACAAUUUUCGUUCUCAUUAAAUGUUUGUUAUCUGUUCCAAGUGUGGAAAUUUGACACUUUGCCCCAGUCGCUCAUCGAAUUAGUGCGACAUCCAAAAUUAUUGCUGCAUGGAAACAAAAUUAAAAAUGACCUACGAAAGUUAGGAAGAGAUUUCAAAGAAGUCGGAGACACGGAUCCACUUGUCGCUAGAUGCUGUGAUUUGGGAAGUUACGCCAAUAGAGUCCUUAACGUCGGCGAAAAUUGGAGUAUGGAAAGACUUGUGAAGGAAUUUUUAAAAACGAACAUCAAUAAAGACAAAGCAGUUCGAAUGUCAGAGUGGAACAGAAUUUUGAGCGAAGAGCAACAAAUUUAUGCAGCAAUUGAUGUCAUAGCAUCACAACUCGUCUUUCAAAAAAUACGAUAUUUGGAAGAAAAACACAAAACCGAGGAAGAAAUCAAGGUCCUGCUGCUGGAAUUAGAAAAAGACUUUGAACGAGAGGAUCGCGAAAAAAGAAAUGACCUUGACGAGCUGUUAGUCGAAUACGAAAGAAUCCAAAUGAUUCUCAACAAAAGUCCACCACCGACACCAUCGACGCAAGAAAAUCUGUAA